AGUGGUUCAGUGUGAACGCUUUCAUUCAGACACACGUGAUGUCAGUGACACUGCAGAUGUGAAGUCAUCAUCACCACCACCACACACUGGACUCUGUGUCUGUGUCGAAAUAAAAGCUCGUUAUGGACACUUAUGGAAAUAUUGCGUUGAUACUGUACUACUGGUCUGUCAUUACAGCAUCUUCACCUUCUGCUCAGACGUCCAUAAGGAGAGGAGAUGAAGUGUCUGAUCAUGUCGACAUGUCCUCAUCCUUCAGCAGAGAUCAGACAGAGAACACACCACACACACUACAUACUACAGCAGGUGAGCAUCAGCUGAACACGACUGAAAACAUCACAGAUGCUUCACCUGUCAAUCUUCAGACAACAGUAACACUCGCUCAACUCCUGCCAUCCACAGCACAACAUCCUGAGACCACCGCCGUCCAUCCGACAUCAUACGCCACCAUUCAUCUGACAACACAACAUCCUGAGACCACUGUCCGUCUGACAUCCCCCGCCGCUGGAAUCACCACCAGCACUCAGAAAUCCCCCCCGACAUCAGCUGCAGUCAUCAUCAGCAGUGCUGCGCAGGCAGAAGCUCGUGUGGACACUCCGUCUGCACUGAAUGUCGGAGAUGACGUUUUGGACUUUUACCCCAGAGAGUCUUCUGAUCCGCUGCUGGCCGGUCUCGUGUCUGCGUUUGUCAUCAUCGCUGCUGUUGUGUCCGUCCUCAUGUUCCUGACUUUCAGAAACAGAAACGAUGGAGCAGAAUUCAGCAGACUGCAAGAUCUGCCCAUGGAUGAUAUGCUGGAGGACGCUCCUCUCUCCACAUACGACUACUGAACACACACGUGUCUUCAUGUGUCUUCUCUCUUCACCACCAGACAGACGUGAGACAGGAGACAGAGAGACGUGAGGCAGACAGACAGACAGGCAGGCAGACAGACAGACAGAUGUGAGACAGACAGUCAGGCAGGAGACAGACAUGCAGACAGACGUGAGACAGACAGACAGAUGUGAGACAGACAGUCAGGCAGGCAGACAGACAGACAUGCAGACAGACAGACAGACAGGCAGGAGACAGACAGACAGAUGUGAGACAGACAGUCAGGAGACAGACAUGAGACAGACGUGAGACAGACAGCACAUGAGGAGCUCAUGUUGUCUCUGUCACAGAAAUGAUCUUGAGCACUUUAUGUGGACUUUGAGAACAGGUUUUGUGCCGGUGAUCUGGACCGCAUCUACUCAGUUUAGAUCAACUUCAGCCCUGUUUGUGUGUGUUUUACUCAGUCAAGUCUUUUGUGUGAUGUUACAGUAUAUUAUGGGCUUGUGAGGUGGUUUGAGGGAUUCACGUGCAUCUGAAGCACACGCACACACACGAUCUGAUUGAUCUGUACAAAUGAAAACGUGACGUUGUUUUCUGUGCACACACGGGUUAACAGACAAACGGCCUCCAAAGUUUCAAGCCCUAAUCCUAAUAUACAAUAUAAAAACAUGUGCUGACUUUGACAUCAACACAGCCAGCAGUGAUCAAUGCAUUUUUGUCAAUGAAUUUGUACAUGUGUUUAUGUUUGAAAAGCUUUAUUAAUAUCAGUAAAUGAUGAUGUUCGUGUUAAUACAGUGUCUGAUAGAUGUGUGAUACUGAUCACUCUGAUUGAUAGUCUUAAAAUAAAACACUGGUGUUUUCCAAGUCAUUGCUCUUAACAUCUAAUCAAUACCAACACAACAUGACAAUGAAAUAAUGUUAUCAGUUCUGAAGAUUCCAGUGAAUACAGAUCCAUUUGAAGAAUCCUCAGGAUCCACAGAGCCACUCCUCACUCAA